AUGACAGGGAGCCUUAUAAGUACCGCAAGGUCUGGACCGCCACCAACGGUCAUGUACUCAUGCACCUCCCUCCCCCCCUCCACCUCCCUUCCCCCACCCCACCUCCUUCUCUCCCCCCCCCUCACCUCCCUUUCCCCUCCACCUACCUUUCAUCAGGAGUUCACCAAGCACGACAGGGAGCCUAAUAAGUACCGCAAGGUGUGGACCGCCACCAACGCGCGCACCAACACUCCUUACCGCUGCGACGUGGGGCACGAGCGGUUCCUGGCUGCAGAGGUUUCUGCUCACGUCUUCUUCUCUUCUGAUAUCGCAGUGAGAAAUGAUGGCACAUCGCUAGCAGAGCUGGUCUUUUUCUCGCCUGAGAUCGCAGUGAGCAACGUGGGCACGUCACUGGCAGAGCUGGUGGAUGCUGCCGUGCAGACUGCUGCCAUUGACACCAGGCGCUCGCUAUACAAGACUGCCGCCAUUGACACCAGGCGCUCACUCUACAAGGUGGGUAGUGCUGUAUGCGUGUGCCUCACAUGCACCUUACUGGGAAACAUGAGACGAGCAAGCCAGUACCAAUGGGCUGCAGAGCUGGUGGAGGUAGCAGUGCAGACUGCCGCCAUUGACACCAGGCGCUCACUCUACAAGUCUGCUGCCAUCCCUUAA